GGGCGGGUGCUGCUGCUGUCGCCUUUGCCCUGCUGGACUGUUUGUGGGCAGGAAAGGGGGAACCGACCAUGGCGAGCGAGCCGGACACGAUUGAAGUGAGGGAGCGGCACAGAUUCAACCAGGACGCCUUGGAUAAAUACCUGGACCGCCACCUGCCCGGGUUUGCCCUGCAACCCACUCAAGCUCUAACAGUCAGGCAGUACAGUUCAGGACAAUCUAACCCAACUUUUUACCUGAAGAAAGGCCUUCAGACCUAUGUACUUCGAAAGAAACCUCAUGGCCCUCUUUUACCUCAGGCACACAAGAUUGACAGAGAAUAUCGGGUUCAGAAAGCCUUAUUUGAAGCUGGAUUUCCAGUUUCUGAGCCCCUGUUGUACUGCAGUGAUGUUUCUGUAAUUGGAACAGAAUUUUAUGUGAUGAAACAUGUGCAGGGCCGCAUCUUCCGAAAUCCUGCAUUACCUGGGGUGGAUCCAGCAGAAAGAUCUGCUUUGUACGUAGCCCUAGCAGAAACCCUGGCCCAGCUGCAUUCGUUCAGCAUGAGUUCACUGGGGCUCCAAAACUAUGGGAAAGGACCAGGUUACUGUAAGAGGCAGGUAUCCACUUGGAGCAGACAGUAUCAAGCUGCUGCACAUACUCUUAUUCCAGCCAUGAAUGAAUUAACUGAGUGGUUAAUGAACAACUUACCAGCUGAUGAUAAUGAAGAAAAAUUGAUUCAUGGAGACUUUAGAAUAGAUAAUGUCAUCUUUCAUCCAAGAAAGGCCUGUGUUUUGGCAGUGCUGGACUGGGAACUUUCGACUAUAGGUCAUCCUCUGGCAGACUUAUCUUAUAUGCUUACUUUCUACUUCUGGCCCAAAGCCAUGUGUUUAACAUUUGGGGAUUUUGAGAAUUUAAGAGAUUAUGCAGGAAUUCCUUCACUUGAAGAAAUGGUCAACAUUUAUUCUCGCUGCAGGGCUACAAGCUCUGCUUUGCCCAAUCUGAAUUUCUUUCUUGCUCUUUCAUUUUUUAAAAUAGCUUCAAUAAGCCAGGGUGUAUAUGCCAGAUACCUCCUGGGAAAUUCCGCUGCGGAAAACAGUGUUGAAUUUGGCAAUUUAGUGAAACCAUUGGCAGAAACUGGAUUGCACUUAGCAAAACAUUACCUGCCUGCAAAGUCUCUUCUGGAUUUUCCUCAUAGAACAUCUUUUAUCACUGGCAUUGCUCCUUGCAAUAAAGGCGAAUUGUUCCGGCAAUCUAACUAUGGUAGGGAAGUCCUCCAGAAGGUGAAGAAUUUUAUGAAAAAGCAUGUUUUUCCAGCUGAAAAGGCAAUGUUGGAGUAUUAUACCAGAAAUAAAAAUUCACCAGAUGUAUGGAAAAAACCUGCCGUGAUUGAAAGACUGAAGGAAAGGGCCAGAGCAGAGGGUCUCUGGAACCUUUUCCUGCCAGCUGUUAGCGGGCUCAACCAGCUGGACUAUGCAUUAAUAGCAGAAGAGAUGGGAAAGUGCUACUUCGCUCCAGAAGUGUUCAACUGCCAUGCACCAGACACAGGAAACAUGGAAGUUCUGCACUUGUAUGGAACAGAAGAACAAAAGAAACAAUGGCUGGAACCUCUCCUAGAAGGGAAAAUCAGUUCUUGCUUCUGCAUGACAGAACCUGAUGUUGCUUCCAGUGAUGCUGCCAAUAUGGAGUGCAGCCUUCAGAGAGAUGGAGAAUGCUACGUAAUCAAUGGCAAGAAAUGGUGGAGCAGCGGAGCCGGUAGUCCAGAUUGCAAAUUUGCUAUUGUGAUGGCCAGACAUAAAAAUGCCUCUGCAUCCAGGUACAAACAGCACAGUAUGAUCAUAGUGCCGAUGGAUACACCAGGAGUCCAACUGAUAAGGCCUCUUUCAGUCUUUGGAUACUUUCAUUAUUUUCAUGGUGGACAUUUUGAAGUGCAUUUUUACAAUGUUCAAGUGCCUGCCUCCAAUCUAAUACUUGGAGAAGGAAGAGGAUUUGAAAUUGCUCAAGGAAGACUUGGACCAGGCCGCAUUCAUCACUGCAUGAGAUCAAUAGGGGCAGCGGAAACUGCUCUACAGAUCCUGUGUGAGCGUUCAGCUCAGCGAGUGGCAUUUGGGAAGAAGCUGUACCAUCAUGAAGUUGUUGCUCACUGGAUUGCUGAAAGCCGCAUUGCUAUUGAGCAGGCAAGACUGCUUACACUGAAAGCAGCCAGCAGAAUAGACACACUGGGCAACAAGGAGGCCAGGAAAGAGGUUGCUAUGAUCAAAGUGGUGGCACCCCGAGCAGUCCUUAAAGUGAUUGAUUGUGCCAUUCAAGUGUGUGGAGGUGCUGGAUUCUCUGAAGACUUUCCAUUGGCUGAAAUGUUUGCCUAUAUUCGGACCUUGCGGGUAGCAGAUGGACCUGAUGAAGUACACCUCUCAAAUAUUGCAAAAUUAGAAUUGCUUGACCAAGCAAAGGCACUGAAUGCACAUCUUUAAUAUUAUUUUUCUGCUUACUCAUGAGGGCAUCACAUGCUCAGGCCUAAAGAGCGGAAGAUGACAAAACUAAUAGAAUGGAAAUUGCUCAAGUUCCAAUACUAUUCUCUGUUUCUCCAUAGCUUGAAUAAACUUGACUAAUCCUAGUACCUAAGCACUGAUUCUUUUGCUGAGCUUUCAUUUGACUAAAUACUCAGCCACCAUCUCAGCUAGUUCUCUUAAGUGUGUUGAUUUAUCCAAAUGGCUUGGCCAAGAACAGAGAAAAUACAACCAUGUAGCUUGAUUAUCAUAAUCCCAAAAUUGACCUAAGAGAGGGCAUAUUAUGUAACUCACCCUAUAGGAAUGAGAUACUCCAGUUGGGGGUUUGUGGACCAUUUGCAACACUCAAAAAAAUCUUGUCUGACAUGAAAGAAGCUGUUUAAAGCUGUUUAUUUACUGAAGCCUGUUUAAAGCUUCAGUAAAUGUGAAGUAACUUGUUUAACCAGCUUUCAGUAAGAUAAAGGCACAGGUGUGCUUCCACUGUAUCACAAUGCUGAUCUCAUUUGAAAUGUAUUAAAGGAUUCCAUUAACAGGAACAUUCCAUUUUAUUACUACCCAAAAAGCUACAGUGCCAAACCUAUUUGGAUGGCUUGAUUUCAAGUUAACCUAAGAGCUAGACUGGAUCAGCCUCAGAGUCUGUCUAGUUUAAUAUUGUGUUUAUAUGAUAGCCAAUCAGAUGUUGGCUGGAAACCCACAAGCAGGAUAUAAAUGCAAUAGCACUCCUGCCUGUGUUUCUGAACAUGGAUACUGCUGCUGAUGCUGGAAAUGAUGUAUAGGUAUAAUGACUAGUUAUAAUCUAUGAAUUUGUCUAAUUCCCUUUUAAUGCCAACCAGACUGGCACGAUCACUAUUAAGACAACAUCACAUUGAUAUUUCACCAUUUUUUCCUCCUGCAAGGAACCAAGUGGCUAAUAAGCUUCACCUCCUUUCCAUUUUAUUCUUACAACAACCCUGUGAGGUGGCUCAGGCUGAGAGAAAUGAGUGGGUUAGAGUCACCAGUAAACUUCAUGGCUGAAUAGGAUUAUGGGGUAAAACCCAGAUCUCACUGUGUCCCAGUGCAAUGUUUUAAUUACUGUGGGUGGGACAUGCAAUUAAAAGUGUUAGAUGCAGCUGCAAGCUUUCAGAAGGCUCACAUCUUGCUCAGUACACUAACUGGAAUACCCCACUACAGAAGUUAAUUGACAAAAAACCAAGUAUAAUCUAGGCAGAAGUGACAUCAUUAUUAGCAUUUAAAAUGUUAUUUUUUAAAGAAAAUUCUGUUUAAAACGAAGAGUUUUCUUAACCUACUAGCAGUGGGGGAUAGCUAAUUGAACAGGAAUGCAAAGUAUGCUCAUGUAUAAAUAUCAAAGCUGUUCAUUUUAAAGUAUUUCCAAUGGACUUUGUUUAAUAAAUUCCAUUUUUAACUUGAUUUAUUUUUCUCUUGCCAGUGCCAAUUCUUGGCCACUCUGUUGCCUAAAAACGAACGAAGCUUUAAAAAUGCAAAGUCUCUCAUUAAACUUUUUGUUAGUCUGAGUA